CGUCUCCCUGUGUCGGUACGGCGGAAUGUCAAGUGUCCCGGAGUCGGGUAGGUGAGACGACGCUGCAGGCGCCGCGCCGGCUCGGCCCCGACUUGCGGGAAGCGGUCGGGCAGCCCCCCCUUGGGAAGAUCCGCGCGGGGCCCGAGGGGCGGGGCCCGGGAAGCGCCCCGGGCGCAAACAGCACCAGACCUGAGACAGAGCGAUUUUGAGGCCGCCGCCAAAGCCAUGCGCCGCCGGGCCCUCGCCGUUUGGGCCCUCGGCGCGUGCGUUGACGCGCAGUGCGCCGAGACCUGCCAAACCUGCAAGUCUGCGAGUUCAACGGACUGCAAGACGUGUCGCGACGGCUACGUCUUGAUCGACGGGGACCUGGACGGCGUCGGCGCGUGCGAGCCGCGUUCUGUGGACUGGGACUUUAAUGCGGGGGCUUGUCGCUCGUCAUUAGGCGAUCAUGUGGGCAUGGCCUCGGAUUUAGAAGGGUGCUGGACGCUGUGUUCGGAGCUGUACGGCGCGAACCUCAAGGCCAUCGACCUCGACUCGAACAACUGGUGCACGUGCCAGGACGCCUGCGAGUGCAUGGAUCCCGGGAACGGGGGCGGCUACUACGUGAUGACUUCGUUGGAAUUCGCGAACGGCCUGCCCGCGGCGUGCGAGACCGACGAGACGCGCCUCGUGUGUGAGGGGACGUGCCCCGACGGGUCCUCUCCAGAAUGCUGCGACAUCGACGGCGACUGCGAGGACGGCGACGACGACUGGUGCUGCGGCGACGAUUACCUGUGUUCGAACGACUCCAGCGAGUGGGCGGCCUCGCGGGGCGGCAAGCUCUGCUGCGUCCUGGACACGAUCAAGUGGGGCGCCACGGGCACCUGGUGCAAGUCGGAGUUAGACCACCUCGUGGGGCUGGCAGCGACCCUGGAGGACUGCUGGACCUUCUGCGUCGAGGCGCAUCCGGACGGCCUGGCAGCCGUCGACCUGAACGACCGGGGCGAGUGCUUCUGCCAGGACGCGUGCGCGUGCCUCGACGCCCAGGACGGGUUCGAGGGGCAGCUCAUGACCGCGGCGAGCGUCUCCGCGUUGCCGGACGCGUGCAACACCCAUCUCCCCGCCGACGUCGUCGACGGCGACGACGGCGACGACAAGACGACGCGGCGGGCGGUCCAGGUCCUGGUCUUCGCGAUGGCCGCGACAGUCGUCGUCUGCUGCUGCUUCGCGGCGGCGGUGCUCGCGGCGGCGGCGCGCGUCGUGUACCGCCGGGAUCUGCGCAAGCCGCGGGCCGAGGCGGCGCCGCGCGCGACGGCCGUCGAGUGGCCGAGCGUCCCGCCCGAGGCCGUCGUCGUGCUCUGAGCCUCGCGACAAAAAAAGCAUCUUCCGCAAGUCCUCCAUGACCCCCUUCCGUCGCUCCUUCCUUCGUAAUCUCCUGUGUGCAUUA